UGUUCGCGAGCUGCAGUGAGGUACGAGGGUCGAGUGAAGAAGAAGUCCUACGUCGGUAACAGCGCGCUGCUCUGCACAAGACGACAUCUCAUCCAUCGACCAAGAUUGAUGCACUCUCACAGGCUGACUGGAAUGCCACUGUGUGUGGCUUUUCAUGCGCAGCUUGUGGCUCAUUGGAGAAGACAUUUAAAGCGUGCUUCAGGUUUUUCAGUGAAGCUAGAAAGGGUCUGUUCAGCAAAUCUUCUACAGAACAAAAUCAUGAGAAGGAGCAUCAUCCACAACUCCCAGUGGAUUUUCAACAAAUAAGCAACUGCAGAGGAUGACGACUAUUAAUGGGACAUAUCUUGACUAUUUAAAAUCUUCAUGUGGAUUUAUUUUUAUUUCUGCUUUCCUAGUGCAGUGAGCUCCUCCUAUUCCCAUGUUUGCUCAUCUAUUAUUUAAGCUGUUGGAUGUGGCUCCUCGGGUGAUAAUAAAGUCAUCAUGAGCUUGUCCAAAGCUAGAACUGCGAUGCAUAGAGUGGAGGAAAUGAGGUUUAAGGCUGCAUCCCUAUUCUGCAGACAGACGCGAUGCCCUGUCCCUUUUGUCACCCAUCUCGUCCUACUGCUCUGCUCUGUGGUGUCCCCAUCUCUGUCUAUUCAUAUGGAGUACAUCGAGAGCCACAGCGAAUUCACCUGUGAGCCCAUCAGACUAAGAAUGUGUCAGGACCUGCCUUACAACACCACCUUCAUGCCCAAUCUGUUGAAUCACUAUGACCAGCAGACCGCAGCACUCGCCAUGGAGCCGUUCCAUCCUUUAGUAAACCUGGUGUGCAGCUCUGAGCUGAGGAUGUUCCUGUGUGCCCUGUAUGCUCCGGUGUGCACAGAGUAUGGCAGAGUGUCUCUGCCCUGUCAAGGCAUCUGCCAGCGCGCCAAAGAUGAGUGCAGCAAACUCAUGGAGAUAUUCGGACUGACCUGGCCAGAAGACAUGGAUUGUAGCAGGUUUCCAGAUUGUGAUGAGUCUUACCCCCGCCCAGAGGACUUGCAGAGCAGCCCUGAGCCCACAGACCAGUCGUCUUUGACAGUGCAGAGGGACUAUGGCUUCUGGUGCCCCAGAGAGCUGAAGAUCGACCCUGAGCUGGGCUACUCCUUCAUGGGCAGGAAAGACUGUUCUCCCCCUUGUCCUUCAAUGUAUUUCAACCUGAAAGAGCUGACAUUUAUGCGCUACUUCAUCGGGGUCAUAUCCAUCCUCUGCCUGUCUGCAACUCUCUUCACUUUUUUGACAUUUCUCAUUGAUGUUACAAGGUUUAGAUAUCCAGAGCGACCAAUCAUCUUCUAUGCUGUGUGUUAUGUCAUGGUAUCCCUGGUUUUCUUCCUUGGUUUUCUUUUGGAGGAGCGGGUGGCAUGUAAUGCAGCCAGCCCUGGCCACUUCAAAGCUGCAACCAUCACCCAGGGCUCACACAACAAGGUGUGCACACUGUUCUUCAUGGUGCUGUAUUUCUUCACCAUGGCGGGCUCUGUGUGGUGGGUCAUACUGACAAUCACUUGGUUCCUGGCUGCUGUUCCUAAAUGGGGCAGCGAGGCCAUAGAGAAGAAAGCGCUCCUCUUUCAUGCGGUGGCCUGGGGCCUCCCAGGGGCCCUGACCGUCACCCUGUUGGCCCUCAACAAAAUUGAGGGAGAUGGGAUCAGUGGAGUGUGUUUCAUAGGACUGUAUGACAUAGACACCCUGAGGUGGUUUGUUCUGGCACCGCUCUGCUUCAAUGUGGCGGUGGGUGUGGCCCUGCUCUUAGUGGGCAUUGUGGCUCUAAACCGCGUCCGGAUGGAGAUCCCUCUGGAGAAGGAGAACCAAACCAAAUUGGUCAAAUUUAUGAUCCGCAUGGGCAUCUUUUCUGUGCUCUACCUGGUACCCUUAGUCACUGUGAUAUGCUGCUAUUUUUAUGAGCACACCUAUCGAAUCCUUUGGGAAACAACCUGGAUGGAGGAGAACUGCAGAUUCUACCACAUCCCCUGCCCAUAUAAGGUGGAACAGACCAGUCAUCCAUCUAUGGUUUUGUUCCUUGUUAAAUAUCUGAUGAUGCUGGUGGUUGGCAUUCCCUCAGUUUUCUGGGUUGGAAGUAAGAAGACCUGUUAUGAAUGGGCCAAUUUUCUACAAGGACGCAGACGCAAAGACAGUGGUGUAAAUGAGUCUCGUCAGGUUCUUCAAGAGCAGCCGGACUUCACCCAGUCUUUAUUGCGUGAACCAAAUACACCUGUUGUCCGCAAGUCAAGAGGAACAUCCACACAGGGGACAUCCACUCAUGCAUCCUCUACAAACUUGGCUGUUAUUGAUGACCUGGACAAACCACAAAGGACACACCACGGACACCCCUCAUCCACCAGGAGCAGAGGCAGCAGUGUCCACAGCAAAGCCAGUUACCAUGGCAGCCAGAGACGCAUGCAAGAUGACAGGACUGAUUCAGUGACUCCUCAUGCUACAGACGAGCAGAGUUUACGCAGUGCUGUACCGCCAACUGACCAGCCAGUGUCUGCUCACAGCAGCCUGCAUCAGAUUGACAACUACUCCAAACAAGGAAGCCAACGAGACACCCCUGAAGCCUCAAAUACUGUGAUCACCCCUGGGACCACCACACUUGACCCUCCAGCACCAGACAAUGAUGUAACCAGUGCCUGAACACUGCUUUAACAGUUGGUUAUAAUAAUCAAGGAGCUGUGUAUGUUUCCUUUCAUCACUGAUGGCACUUAAGACUGAAGUGUUCAUUGCACUGCACUAAAUACUUUUAUUAACUUCUGCGGAUGGAAAAACUUAGGAAAGGGGGGAGGGACAUUGAGUCGAAGGGAUUUGGUCAAGAACAAGAAGUUGGUACAACGAUGAA